AUGGCUACUCAUGCUGCUUUAGCUUCUACAAGAAUCCCAACAAACACAAGGUUUCCAUCUAAGACCUCUCACUCUUUCCCAACUCAAUGUGCCUCAAAGAGAUUUGAGGUAGCUGAAUUCUCUGGACUAAAAUCAAGUUCAUGUAUUUCCUAUGUUCAUAGUGCUAGAGAUUCUUCUUUUUAUGAUGUUGUAGCUGCUCAACUCAGUUACAAGACAAAUGGAUCAACUGCUGUGAGGGGAGUGCCUGUGGCUAAGUUGAAGGUAGCAAUCAAUGGUUUUGGACGCAUUGGUAGAAAUUUCCUUCGAUGCUGGCACGGUCGAAAGGACUCGCCACUUGAAGUCAUUGUUGUCAAUGACAGUGGAGGUGUCAAGAAUGCUUCACAUUUGUUGAAAUAUGAUUCUAUGCUUGGAACCUUUAAAGCAGAAGUGAAAAUACUGAACAAUGAGACUAUUACAGUUGAUGGUAAACCCAUCAAGGUUGUCUCUAGCAGAGAUCCUCUUAAGCUUCCUUGGGCCGAACUCGGAAUUGACAUUGUUAUUGAGGGAACAGGAGUGUUUGUGGACGGCCCUGGUGCGGGAAAACACAUCCAAGCCGGUGCCAAGAAAGUUAUCAUCACUGCUCCUGCAAAGGGUGCUGAUAUUCCAACUUAUGUUGUUGGAGUGAAUGAACAAGACUACGGCCAUGAAGUAGCCGACAUCAUAAGCAAUGCUUCUUGCACCACAAACUGUCUUGCUCCCUUUGCUAAGGUCUUGGAUGAGGAGUUCGGAAUCGUUAAGGGAACCAUGACAACCACACAUUCCUACACAGGAGACCAGAGGCUUUUGGAUGCUUCACAUAGGGACUUAAGAAGAGCUAGAGCUGCAGCACUGAACAUUGUUCCCACCAGCACAGGAGCAGCCAAGGCUGUAUCUCUAGUGCUGCCACAGCUCAAGGGAAAGCUCAACGGAAUCGCCCUCCGUGUACCUACACCUAAUGUUUCAGUUGUUGACCUUGUGGUGAAUGUUGCGAAGAAGGGCAUUUCGGCUGAAGAUGUCAAUGCAGCAUUCAGAAAGGCAGCUGAGGGGCCACUGAAAGGUAUAUUGGAUGUCUGUGAUGUUCCGCUCGUGUCUGUUGACUUCCGCUGCUCCGAUGUUUCUACAACUAUUGACUCUUCCUUGACUAUGGUCAUGGGAGAUGAUAUGGUUAAGGUUGUUGCUUGGUAUGACAAUGAAUGGGGUUACAGCCAAAGAGUGGUGGAUUUGGCACAUCUAGUAGCAAACAAAUGGCCAGGCACCCCUAAAGUAGGGAGUGGAGAUCCAUUGGAAGACUUCUGCGAGACGAAUCCGGCCGAUGAUGAAUGCAAGGUUUUUGAAUAG